UCUAGAAUUCAUCAAGAAAUAGUUGAUAUAAUUAGACAUUUAAGGUAGGAUGGAGUGUUCUCUUGUUGUUAUAUUGUAUCUUUUCUUGACACAUGCAGCAGUUGAAGCCGGGAAAUGGACGUUAUUUAGGCGGAUGGACUCUCUGGACGGAAAGGUCUGUGAAGGUGCAGAUACUGUAUUUAGUAAACAAGUUGCCAAAGACAAAAAUAUCUGCUUACUGGAAUGUGUGAAUCACGUGGGCUGUGAGAGCAUUUUCUAUGUGCAAACCAAUGGAAUCUGUGUAGGAUGCACAGUAAACUACGAAACAGCAACUCUCCCGACAGGCCUGGCAGCAGGGUCUAUUUACUACGGACAUGCUAAUUGCCCAGAAGGUUGGUUCAUCAUCGACAAUUCAUGUUACUUCAUACCUGACCAACUGAUGAAUUUUGAAGACAGCGUUGCAAAAUGUGAAUCACUGAAUGCUCACGUUGUCAUCAUUGAUAACGUCGAUGAAAACAACAGUCUAAAAGCAAAGCUUAUGACGUCUGCAGAAGAUGUAACAGGAUACUUUAUCGCCUUCACAGAUAUUGUUGAAGAAGGUACCUGGACAGUGUACGGCACUACAGACCCUAUUACAUUUCUGGACUGGGCACAAAACGAACCGACUGGAGGAAGUAGCGAAAAUUGUAUGGCCCUCUAUGUUUACUUUAACUUACAAUGGGUUGAUAUUAGAUGCAACCUAGCGAUGAAAACCAUCUGCGAAAAGGAAAUAUUAAAUUGAUUAAUGGCGGACUGAAACAUGACUUGUGUGAUCAUACUGUCCUUAUCAUUGUUAAUGCCUGUUACAAUAGAUAACAUAUUAUAACAUCUUUGUCCAAUAGUUUAUGUUGUAAGAAGAGCGCACAUGAACGGAUCACAGGGGCGUGCGUUUCAAUCUCGGGCGAAGCAUAGGUUUUCCUUGACAAGCUGAUGCACAAUCUUGGUGUCUGAGUCCAUUUUGUCGUCAACAGGAGAAGUUACUUACGAAGAACAGGUUAUUAAUGGUACUGAAUGCAUGAAUACUAGUUAGGCUAACUUUGUUCGUACACCAUACAGACCAGUAUAUGCGAGUAACUUCGGCAAAAAAUCUCUUUUACAGAACAAUCGAGCUUAUUGCGAAUUUUAUGCAAGACCGGAUUUCUACAGUUUGGCUAUUCGUUUUCGUCCUCUUUUGCAGCGGUGGUCAACAACUGCCUGAAUCGAAAUGAAAAGAAACCCUCUGUAAACCAGUUAUUCAUUGGUUACAUGCACGUACCAUGACCUAACUAUUAAAAUUAAGAGAAAGCGAGAUAUAUGGAAAGAUAAGAAGAGAGAGAGUCCGAAGUUCUGAGUCAUAACUGGGGGAGGUACAAAUGCAUUAAGCUAAUAAUUUGGUCGCAAUCAAGUAUCUUAACGAAAAUGCAAACUUCAGGUAGAGUAUAAAAAAAUGUUUGAAGUCGGAUAAAGUUACUUUGUUACGCCCGAUACCAUGCGACUUCUCUUUCCAAAAAUUGUUAAUUAUGUAUUUACGGUAAAGCUUAGAUUGACAUACUUAAUAUUUGAUAUAAUCUCUUUAUAAACUGAACAGC